UGUUUAUCCACUUCUUAAAAAAAGAAAUCAAAACACUAUCUUCAAAAAAACAGAAAUCAUUCUAUCUUCUCCCCUAAAUUUGCACCUCCCCUUUCCCCGUGAGCAGGAACCAAAGCCCCGCCCACCAGGAUGUUCAAACCAAAGGCACCGAAGUCAUCUUUCCCUCUACUUCUCUAUCUGGGCGCCAAGUCCCUAUCUGGUCUGCUAACUCUGCCCCUAGUUCUACCUUGUACCCUUACAGUCCAUUUUCCACGCAGCCACCAGUGAUAUUUUUCAAAACAGAUCUAACUGAGCCACUUCCUUGCUCAAAACCCAAAAGUGGAUUUAGUCAUCUUAACAAGUAUAUAGGGAACAGUAACUAUGCACCAAGCGCUAUGCAAAACACUUGACAAACAUCAUCUCAUUUAAUCCUCACAGCGAUCUUCCAACGCAGAUAAUAUACCCGUUUUCAGAAGAUAAAUUCGUUCAGAGAUGAUAAGUAACUUGAUCACCCUCAUCCUCGUAGCUGGGGCUCGGUCUCAAGUCUUUUUUUUUUUCUUUUUAAAAUUUUACUCCAAAGCCAUUGUAAAUCUUUAAAGAUCCUAUGUUGCCAUACAAGACACCAACAAUGGGUGAUGGCCUAAGGUGGCUUUUGCUUUACCAGGCGACCGCGAAGAGCAUGCCACCCACUAAGGGGAAGGAAACAAGCCAUCCUUCCACUGACACCUAGCGGGAGGCGUCGGGGGGCGCAAUCACAACUGGCCAGCAGUACGACCGAGCCUUUUCCAAGGUGGGCCGGGCGCGGCGGCGCGUGCGCAGACCCGGGGCCGCCGGCUCCGCCCCGCGCCCACUAUUUAUUCCCAGAAUCCCUCUGUGUCGCACCAGAACGGCCGGAUCGUUCCGAGGCUGCGGCGCUCGGGCGCGGCGGCGUCAAGAUGGCGGCGGCGGCGGUGGCGGCUGCGGCGGCGGCAGCGGCGGCCGCAUCUCUGCAGGUUUUGGAGAUGGAGAGCAUGGAGACGGCCGCCGCCGGCUCGGCGGGGCUGGCUGCCGAAGUCAGAGGCAGCGGCACGGUGGACUUCGGGCCUGGGCCCGGCUUGUCUGCAAUGGAGGCGAGCGGGGGCGACCCGGGCCCAGAGGCUGAGGAUUUCGAGUGCAGCUCUCACUGCUCGGAGCUGUCGUGGAGGCAGAACGAGCAGCGGCGCCAGGGCCUCUUCUGCGACAUUACCUUGUGCUUCGGCGGUGCCGGCGGCCGUGAGUUCCGGGCGCAUCGCUCGGUGCUGGCCGCCGCCACUGAGUACUUCACGCCCCUGCUCUCGGGCCAGUUCUCCGAGUCCCGCUCGGGCCGGGUGGAGAUGCGCAAGUGGAGCUCCGAGCCCGGGCCUGAACCCGACACGGUGGAAGCCGUGAUCGAGUACAUGUACACCGGGCGCAUCCGCGUCAGCACGGGCAGUGUGCACGAGGUGCUGGAGUUGGCCGACAGGUUCCUAUUAAUUCGUUUAAAAGAAUUUUGUGGAGAAUUUCUCAAGAAAAAACUUCACCUGUCUAAUUGUGUGGCCAUUCACAGCUUAGCUCACAUGUAUACCCUGAGCCAGCUUGCUCUGAAAGCUGCCGAUAUGAUCCGGAGAAAUUUCCACAAAGUAAUUCAGGAUGAGGAAUUUUAUACUUUACCUUUCCAUCUCAUUCGAGACUGGCUGUCAGACUUGGAAAUUACGGUUGAUUCUGAAGAGGUUCUCUUUGAAACAGUUUUGAAGUGGGUUCAGAGAAAUGCUGAAGAGAGAGAGAGAUACUUCGAAGAACUUUUUAAAUUGCUCAGGUUGUCCCAGAUGAAACCUACUUACCUUACUCGGCAUGUCAAGCCAGAGAGGCUGGUGGCCAGUAAUGAAGUUUGCGUCAAGUUAGUGGCCGAUGCAGUGGAGAGGCAUGCUCUGAGAGCUGAGAACAUACAGUCUGGCACAUACCAGCAUCCUGCUUCUCACGUCUCCUUAUUACCUCGUUAUGGGCAAAACAUGGACGUGAUCAUGGUUAUUGGAGGGGUGUCAGAAGGAGGGGACUAUUUAAGUGAAUGUGUGGGAUAUUUCGUCGAUGAGGACAGAUGGGUAAACCUGCCCCAUAUUCAUAAUCACCUUGAUGGACAUGCUGUUGCAGUAACAGAAUCCUACGUGUAUGUUGCUGGAUCAAUGGAACCAGGAUUUGCUAAGACUGUGGAAAAGUAUAACCCAAAUUUGAAUACGUGGGAACAUGUUUGUAGUCUGAUGACAAGGAAGCAUUCUUUUGGGCUAACAGAAGUCAAAGGGAAGCUCUACAGCAUUGGAGGACAUGGCAACUUUAGUCCUGGCUUUAAGGAUGUCACCGUUUAUAAUCCCGAGAUUGAUAAAUGGCACAACUUGGAAUCGGCACCAAAGAUUCUUCGAGAUGUCAAAGCACUAGCCAUUGAAGACCGGUUUGUGUACAUUGCUGCCCGAACCCCUGUGGACCGGGACACGGAAGAUGGAUUAAAGGCUGUAAUUACUUGCUAUGAUACAGAGACUCGACAGUGGCAAGAUGUGGAAUCUUUGCCACUUAUUGACAAUUACUGUUUUUUCCAAAUGUCUGUGGUCAAUUCAAACUUUUAUCAGACAGCAUCGUGCUGUCCCAAGAGUUAUUCUUUAGAAAAUGAAGAGGCGGUAAGAAAAAUCGCCAGCCAGGUUUCUGAUGAGAUCCUUGAAAGCUUACCCCCAGAAGUCCUAAGCAUUGAAGGAGCAGCUAUUUGCUAUUACAAAGAUGACGUUUUCAUUAUCGGAGGCUGGAAAAACAGUGAUGAUAUUGACAAACAGUAUCGGAAAGAAGCCUACCGAUAUUGCGCUGAAAGAAAGAGGUGGAUGCUUCUGCCUCCCAUGCCGCAGCCCCGUUGUAGAGCCACUGCUUGCCACGUGAGAAUCCCCUACCGGUACUUGCAUGGCACACAGAGAUAUCCUAUGCCUCAGAACUUAAUGUGGCAGAAGGACCGGAUCAGACAGAUGCAAGAAAUACAUCGGCACGCCCUAAACAUGCGACGAGUGCCAAGCUCUCAGAUCGAAUGCUAGGUUCUCUAAUACGCGCAGCUGAAAACAGUUAUACGUACCUGUUUCGUGAGGGUGAAGAUGCCCAGACUGUUACUUGAAAAAGUAUGUUGAUAACUUAUUUUCUACCUGAACUAAUUAUUGCCCCAUAUAAAGGAAAUAGAGGUAAAAACUGAAGAAUGGGAAACUCAAUUCAAUAUGUGGCAAUUUUUGUUACUUGCGGUGUUUUUCUGACUUUGGUUUGUGUGUGUAUGCUAGCUAAAUAAGAUCUUAUUAAAGGCAAGUGGAAAAACCAGGUGUAGUUACUUGGCUGUCUUUCUGCCAACAAGUUUUAACUCCUUUGUCUUUAGGGACUUAUGUUUUGAACAUGCUUUAAGCACCAAUUUUAUUUGCACAUUUACUUUGAUAUUCCUUUUCAUUUUUUCCUGAAUGGUUGGUUUUGGCAAGAUCAGAAUUUAUGCACUGAGCCCUCAUCCGCAGGAGGUAUGUGCAAUAGUGAGACUGAAAUUUGAAGGAAAAAGCACAAUAUUUCAUCAAGAUUUCAGAAUGUUUGCAUUGAUAUUUUGUUGUAUGUGUUUAUCUAGAAAUGCUAUUUUUAUUUCUAGAAGAGAUGACUGAUGAGAAAUUUGUGAUUGGCUCAUGCAUUUUUAAAUAUUUUCAUUUCUUUUGCAACUGUGUGAGAGACUUCAAGCUAUCACUCCAAGAUGAUGUCGCUGGCAAAAGUAUUGAUCUUUAGCUGAUUGAAUACAGAGGAAGUUAUAUAUGUGAAAUUUGUUUCUCUAAGAAGAAAAGUAUUAUUAGUGUAGCCUAAGAAAUCAAAGGCAUUAAAAAAUUUAAAAACACUUUUUUCGGGAGUUGCAGGCUUACUUGAGUAUAAGUUAAUGAGUAUAAAUAAUGCCUAUGACAAUCGACACUGAAUGCCUUCAAUUUUAAAUUUUGCUCUAAUGCGUAUUGUAUAGAAUCAUCAUUCCUUUCUAAAAGAAACUUUUUUCAAAAUGAAAAGGACAUAAUUUAGAGAAAUGUUGCUAAAGAGAAGCCUUCUUACUUCUCAGCCCUGAUUGUUACAAUGUUUUAUCUAGUUGCCCUAGACUUUCUUUGGAAUUUUGCCUGAGUCUAGAGUACCAAAUUUGGGUGCAUAAUUAUGGCUCUUAAAAAUAUAUUUCUGUAGUUAGUGUUUAUUUAUUCUUAUGCAUCCUUCUGAUUCUCUUACGUAUUCCCAAGCUUUAUACACAUUAGCAUUCAGGUUGACUCUUAGCAUUCAGUUAACAGAACAGACUCCUGCUCUAACGGUUUGCAAUGUGCGGCCAGUCUAUUUUUCUUGUUUCUUUCAGAAUGUUUCUACCUUCUUAGACAUUCCGGUAUGCCAUUCUAGAAGUUGAAUUCCAAGUGCAGUUAUUUUUUUUCCUAGUCCAUUAUAGUUUACCUUCCUAUUAGUUGUGUCAGACAUCAAAAAAAAAAAAGCACAACCAGAAUUUUUGGCUCUCAAUUUGCUGUAAGACUAUUAAUGUUUAGCCCUUGGACUCUAUGCUAAGAACUUUCCUGAAAUUUCUAACUUAGUAUUCCUGACUGGGACAAAGUUUUUCAGUAAAAUGUGUUGAAAAUCUGCUUUAAAACAAUUUAAUUUAGCCUGGGGUGGGGGUGGGAAACUGCAAGUUAUAUUUCUAUGUGAGGAUAUAUAUCCUACCCCACCUCUACCAUUUUCUCAAUUUCCAUUUGCUUUUAGUUAUUUUAAUAACAGCCAUUGGGUUCUGAGAAGUGCUAAUUCUUAGUUGUGAGAGGUUUAUGCAAGUAAGACAGAAAAACCCACUGCGUACAGUCCUCGUUUCUCUGUGCAGACUCCCUUUUCUUGGUGGUGGUGAUAAUUUAGCAGCUCCCUAGGGUACCAGUUUCUCUCCACAAGGGCGUGAUGUUAGGUUUCGGGUUGUUUUGUAUCUCAGAGUUGUCUUCUGAGACAAUCAUUACCAAUUUAUUUGUAGGCUUGUCUUUUUUUCACAUCAUGUGGCAGAAAUUAUGACUCAUAAGAUUUAGGUAUAAUCUGGUUUUGAAAACUUGAUUGAAACUGUUGUUUUUUGACUCAGCAGGCAGCCUAGGCCAUGGCUGAAAAUAAGGGGUAAGUCCUUCCUUGCAUGAUGACGUGUGCAGGUUUUCCUGACUACUGAAUUUCUAAUUUUCAUAUUGGAGUUCACAUGUGUGAUUUCACAUCAAUAACUUGUGUUUCUGAAAUAUCCUAACUAACUUGUUAAUAAAGAAAGAAACCAGAUUUGCUUAAAUCUGUUCAAGGCUGACAUUCUGAAAUUCUGAACUGGAAGUAACUUCCCAGAGUAUUUGGAAAGUUUCUGAUUAUGAUAACCAGCCUAAGAUGGCUCUUUAGGAAAGAAAUUUCCUUUCUGAUGACAACUUAGAGAUUGUGUUUGGUAAUCUAAGCAGUUAAAAAUACAGCUUUAAAAAGACAGCUUAAUGUGUAUUCAAGCAAACCUUUUUGUUGGUUUUGUUUUUGUUUUGUGGAAGGAAAAGAGAGGAAUUGAUAAUACCAAAAAGUAAAAUAACUGCACAUAACCUUUUGUGAGGCUGCUUAUAUCUUAGAGUGGAUAUCCUUUAACUAUACCUACCCCACACGGUUUAUAGUAAACAUCAGUGUCUCUGGAGAAUGUCAGUCAUGAGCUCACUGUGUAAGUCUCACUUGCGGUGUUUGCAUGAUUAGUCUUGUGUAUCUUGAUAUCCAACUUUGCUUUUGCUGUGCCAAUUCAAAAAUAUUUUGCUAAAAACAUCUCAAAAUUCAUUGACAUCAGUUUUGUUUUGAUCACUUUGUGUCGUAUAGUAUUUCUGGGACCAAAAAAUGUAAAAAUACUAACUUUUAAAAUAUAGAACAGAAGUUUGAAGCUGGAAAGAUAGUGUUUAUGGAACACUUGUGUGCUUUUGUACUUUAAACUCUUCGGGCUGCUGGUAAGGCAGUUUCCAGGGCACACUUUUUCCCCUCUCUGUUUCUUGACUAGUGUAGCAUGUUGUAUGUUUAAAUACUUCAUUCUCUGCUUCAUAACUCUAAUAUGAACACUAUACUAUAGCUAGGUAAGCUAAAUUGUAUAUUUUAGUUACUUGGCCUAAUCAAGCAUAAAUAAAGGGACUUUUUUUGUACUUCCUCAAAUUAAGCUUAAAUAAAAAGGGUAUAUUGGCCACCUUUUGUGUCUUUUGAAAGUAUACAGAAGUGUGAGGCAAGUUCUCUGCCUACACUAGAAAAGUAGGGUGCUUAUAGAUGGCUGAUUAACUGCAGAAUAUUUAAGAAACCAUUCAGUUUCCUUUUUUGACUGUCAGACGUUUUGGCACAGUUCAUCACUCCGGUUUGUGACAUUCUUGAGAAUAGUCCAUUUUUGUUUUCGUUAUAAUGCUUAUAUUCUAACAUGUUCUGGUGAUUGGAAACAAAAGAGCUCACAAUGGAGUGAUGCAAUACAAUAACAAUAACAUGAUGUCGUAGUCAUAUUGCUUCAAGGAGUUUAACUGGGGAGCGGAAUAACUGCUCUUUCUCGAUUAUCUUUGUUAGGGCUUUUGUCUUACUCUAUAUGACCAUUACUACGAAUGUCGCACUGAAGCACAUACAGUAGAGCACUUGUUAACUUAAUCCUCCUGCAUAACGCACCCGUGAGAAGUAGUGCUUGCUAGAUGUCUAAAGAUCUUAUGAUCCACGUACUAGGGCUCGCCGAGUUAUCUGUAAGAUAAAUUAUUAGUUGGAGCUGAUACCCAGUGAGUUUUUGGCUGGCGUUAUCCGAGCCCCCACUCCACUGAAAGUGAAAUCUCGACUCUCCUAUGAAGUCAGAGGAGAUGUAGAAUUUAGGACACUUUGAGACAUUACAUUGUAAAAUAGCUUGUUUUGUGUUCCUAAAGCUAUCUUGUUCUGUGUUAAAGCUACUACUUGUCUCAGUGUAAGUUUUAAAUAAACGUAUUUCUUUAGA